AUGGCCUCCGCCGAUGUGGGACUUCCGCGUCGCGAGCGUGGCCGGGAUCGCGGGCCUCAGCGAGAUGGGGACUCGUACCGCCCGAAACCACGAGAGCGCACGCCACCGCCCGUGCGGACCGACGAGGAGAAGCAGGCUGCCGCCAAGGCAGAGUACGAGAAGCUGCUCAACAUGAGGUCCGGGGGAACCUACAUCCCACCCGCGAGGCUCCGAGCCCUGCAGGCCCAAAUCACGGACAAAGCCAGCAAGGAAUAUCAGCGGAUGGCCUGGGAAGCCCUCAAGAAGAGCAUCAACGGCCUCAUCAACAAGGUCAACACCUCCAACAUCAAGCACAUCGUCCCCGAGCUCUUUGGAGAGAACCUGGUCCGAGGGAGGGGCCUCUUUUGCCGAUCCAUCAUGAAGGCUCAGGCCGCCAGUCUGCCCUUUACCCCAGUCUACGCCGCCAUGGCAGCCAUCGUCAAUACCAAGCUGCCCCAGGUCGGGGAGCUGCUCAUCAGGCGCUUGGUCAUGCAGUUUCGCAAGGGUUUCAAGCGCAACGACAAGGCCGUCUGCCUCUCGUCAACGACGUUCUUGGCUCACCUCAUCAACCAGCAGGUGCAGCAUGAGAUGCUGGCCGGGCAAAUCCUGCUCCUGCUGCUCCACAAGCCGACCGAUGACAGCGUCGAGAUUGCCGUCGGUUUCUGCCGCGAGGUCGGGCAGUAUCUGGAAGACAUGCAGCCGUCCAUUUCCGUCGCCGUGUUUGAUCAGUUCCGGAACAUCCUGCACGAAGCCGACAUCGACAAGCGAACGCAAUACAUGAUUGAGGUGCUUUUCCAAGUCCGCAAGGACAAGUUCAAGGACAACCCCGCCAUCAGGGAGGAGCUGGAUCUCGUCGAGGAAGAGGACCAGAUCACGCACCGGGUCGAGCUCGACGGCGAGAUUGACGUCCAAGACGGCCUGAACGUCUUCAAGCCUGAUCCCGAGUGGCAAGACAACGAGGCAGCCUACGGGAAGCUCAAGUCUGAGAUUCUUGGCCAAGGGACCGACGACGAGUCUGAGGAGGAGGACGGCGAUGACGAGGAAAGCUCCGGAGAGGACGAGCAAGAAGAGGAGACCAAGGCCAUGGAAAUCAAGGACCGGUCCAAUGCCGACCUGGUCAAUCUGCGACGAACCAUCUACCUGACCAUUCAGUCCAGCGCCGGGUUCGAGGAAGCAGUGCACAAGCUCAUGAAGAUCAACCUUCCCGCCGGCCAGGAACCCGAGCUGCCGUCCAUGAUUGUCGAGUGCUGCUCCCAGGAGAAGACGUACACCAAAUUCUACGGCCUGAUUGGCGAACGCAUCGCCAGGGUCAACCGCCUGUGGUGCGACCUGUUUGAGCAGUCCUUUGCGCGGUACUACGACACCAUUCACCGCUACGAGAACAACAAGCUGAGGAACAUUGCGCAGCUGUUUGGCCACAUGCUCGGCGUCGACUCCAUCGGCUGGCACUGCCUCUCCGUCAUCCAUUUGAACGAGGAUGAGACCACGUCCAGCAGCCGAAUCUUCAUCAAGAUUCUGUUCCAGGGCAUCGUGGAGGAAAUCGGCAUUCCGCGGCUCAAGGCCAGGCUGACCGACGAGCUGCUGCGACCCAGCGUGGAGGGCCUCUUUCCCAAGGACAACGCCCGCAACGUGCGCUUCUCCAUCAACUACUUCACCAGCAUCGGGCUCGGCGCCCUCACCGAGGAAAUGCGGGAGCACCUCCAGAGCAUGCCCAAGCCGGGUCUGCCGGCGCCGGCGGCCGCCGACGAUUCGGACUCGGACUCUGUAUCGAGCUAUUCAUCCCACACGGGCUCGUCGUAUUCGUCUCGUUCCCGAUCCAGAACGCCUCGCAGGAUCGGUGGCCGUUCCGUCUCGCGCGCCUCGUCUGAGCGAGGAAUGACGCGGACUUUUGCCGAAACCAGAUCGCGGUCGCGCGCGCGAUCUCGCACGCCUCCCGGGCGAAGACGGAACCGGGACUUGCAUUCGGCUUCCCCCGCCCGAGGAAGGAGACGCAUAUCCGGCAGCGCAUCGCGAUCCCCCGCGCCCAGGAAAGGCCGAGGCGCCCGCAGCGCGUCGUACAGCUCGUACAGUCGGUCGCCGACGCCGCGCAGACGACGAGAUUCCGAGUCUUUCAGCCCCCCUCCCCGCGGCCGCGGCCGGGCUCGCUCACCCCGUACGCACCGCCCUGGAUCCCCCCGCCGGCGAAACAGCUCCUCCGUAAGCGGUCGCCCGCAAAGCCACCGCGGCCAAGGCUACCGACGACCACCGUCGUCAUACGGCUCACGGUCCCCGUCCCCCAGAAGACGCGCACGGGAUAGCCCGUCUCCCGCCGGCCGGGGAAGAAGGCGAGACUCGCCCUCGCCAUCACGGAGCAGAAGUCCAAGCCCGAAUGCAAGGCCGCCCCGGCGGGGAUACAGAAACGGAGCAUCAGCAUCCUUUGGCGAGCCCAGAGGCAGCAGACGGCCAAGUCCGGCCGCCGCCAAGAGGAGAUGCAGCGACAGCGCGUCGCGGUCGCUGCCCCGGGCCAAAAAGGGCCGGCACGGUGAUUAG